AUGUUUCUUCGAACUGUUGUGGUUCUUUUGCUGGUAACCACAAGCGUUUUUGGCUUGUUGGGUAGGAUGAAAAAAAUCACCGUUACCGGACGUCUUAACUGCGAUAGGUUGACAUCACGAAACACCAAAGUGGAACUCUGGGAAGAUGAUACAUUAAAUUUUGACGAUAAACUAAACACAACAUUCACGGAUGGACUUGGCCGAUUCCGAGUAUAUGGACAGGCACGAGAAAUUCGUAAUAUUGAACCGUAUCUUUUGAUCUAUCAUAACUGCGAAAAUGGAAAAGAGAAUUCAGUUAGUUUACAAGCCAAUUUUUUUUUUAAAUCUUGA